UGCCGUGUGUUCAGGGAAGGCUCUUGAUUGCGCGGACGAUGAGGAUUUCUUGGCGAGUGGAUCCAGUGACUGCACAGUGAAGAUCUGGUCUCUGCGCACAGGGCAGGAGGUGCGGAGCGUCUACACCUACAGCCCCGUUUCGGCGAUCGCGUUCCUCCCCGAGCCGGGACUCCUCCUCUCCGCGUCCGACGGAGGGAAGCUGGACAUGUGGGACCUCACGACGGGCGCCAGCGUGCAGUCGUUUCGUGCUCAUGAAGACGCCAUCACCUGCCUGCAGCUGCACGGCUCGCUGGCGUGCACGGGUGGCCGGGAUGGCCAGGUGCGCGUGUGGGAGCUGCGCCCGGGCCCCCGCCUGCACCUGCUCUUCUGCACGGAGGGCGAGGAGUGGAGCGCCGACGGGCGCCGCCGUGGCGCGUCCCCCCUGCGCUGCCUCCUGGCGGGGCCGCGACCCCACGGCCGCCUCCUCUACUCCGCCGACGAAGGCGCCAGCAUCCGGGUCCUCGACUGGCGGACGGGCUCCAUAUUGCGGAAGCUGCCCAACCACAACAGCGACUGCGGCUUCACCGACUGCCUGUCCAUGGCAAGCGAUGGCGGCGAUGGCGGCACUCGCCUGAUGCUGUCCGCGGGCUACGACAUUGACCGAGGUCACGGCUACAUCAACGUGCGGCUGCUCGCGGAGGGCGGGGAGCCGUACGUAGCGACGCUGGGGGGUGAGGCGACCCCCCGCCUGCUCUGCGUCGCCACCACCUGCACCCCCAGCGGCCUGCAGCGCUGGGGCACGGGGGGGCGGAGCCUCCUCCUGUGGGAGGAGCUCCCGCACGGGGGCGGAGCCAACAGCCACCACCGCGAAAACGGACAUGUUGUGGCCUCGAGCUUCCGGCGCGAGUUUGAGCGAGACGAAGAAGUCUGGAGCGACGACGAGAGCUCGGCCUCCGACAGCUCGCUCGGCUCAAGUUCCAGGGCUUCGAGCAGCGAAGACGACACGGAGCCUGUGAACGGGAGGAGGAGGACCUGGUGCAGCGUCAUGUGAUCGCAGCCCAGGGGGGCACCGGCCACACGGGGAACGGUGGCUCGCGCGUCCUUAUCCACAACCACUGCCGGCCCAGUUCUGGCCCGGGCUCCGUGAUCGACUCUGCUUCUCCAUCACCUCUUUGCUACACCGACAACCGAGCCGUGCCGUGCCGUGGCCAGCCCUGGUGCGGCUCAGGAGGCGCCAGGGCGGUUUUUCCACUGCGCGAGCCGAGCCGAGCCCGCCCCGGCUUGGCCCCGAGCGGGUUUCAGACGUCUGGUGACGCCAGCGUAGCACGGUUUGGCUCUGGGCUACUACCCGUUGCCGUGAGAGUGCCACGCUGGCUCAGCUGGGCUGUUGCCACUUGGCAACCGGGCCCGUGCUGGCCUGCUGUCAGACUGGUUCCGGCCCAGGCAGAGCACUAGGACACGAAGUCAGUUCCCAUGAUUUGUGAGCCAGGGGGCACACCAUCCACCCUGCCCUUUGUAGCUACAGAGAGAGAGAGAGAGAGGCGGGGGGAGGGGCUCGGGAAGCAAUCUUAAAAGGGCUGCUUUUACUAAAUUUCAGAGUAGACUGAUGAGUUGAUGGGUUACG